GAUGCGUCAUCCGCACCAAGCACAAAGUGCGAAAUAAAGUCUUCCUGCCCCCUGUCAGCGGGCUGCCAAUUCACCAAUCAGAUGAUAGUAGACCCAGGCUCCACUAUUCCAACCAACUGCUCCAUCUUCGCAGGAGGAAAGGGCAAAGUCGUGACCUGGAACCAAGCGAAACAGCGAGUUGGUACAAGUAAUGGCGGCGUAUCAGAUCUGGUUUUGAAAAAAGUGAGUUCGUCGGCGAGUGGAAGUUAUUCAUGUGAAUGCACCUCUGUCAAUUUUACACGUAAGUAUACCUCUCUAUUAACGUUUGUUUUUCAACCUUUAAAGGAACACUGGCACAUUGCGUCAAAUGAAUUUCCUUGUUACUUCAAUAUUCGGCAUAGGAGUCGAGGUGGCUUAAGGGUUUUUGCGCUUGACGUCGAAUCGAAAGUCUGGAUUGGAGACCUGAGCCCAGUUGUAUAAAGGGAAGAUAACGCUAUCCAACGGAUAAUUCGUUAUCCUGCGAAUAAGUGAUAGCAAACGUACAGCGUUAUCCACCGGAUAGAGAUUCAUUUAGUGGAUAGUGUUAUCCGACCUUUAAACAAACGAGUCCAGGCCAAGUCAUUGUGCUGAGUUCUUGGGCAAAAAACUUGAAUAUUACAGUGCUUCCCUUGUAACAGGUGUUUAAAUGAGUAUUGGUGAACUGUCAUUCAGUGAGGAGUAGUAAUACUUCUAGUCGCUUAAAGAAAUGAAUAAGAUCCGGCUGGAUGGCUCACUUGCCCCGUGUACAGACUUUUCCUAACUUAACUUUCAUCAAGAGAUAACUACUCAGUAACUUUAUACAUCUUAUUUUAUCCAGGCGAUCUUCAAGUCAUUAUGGGUAGUAGUACUCCGAAUAUCAUUAAAAAACACAAAACGAUUGACCUAAAAUGCUACUUCUCUGGAUGGCCCCUUCCUUCCACCGUAGAAUGGUACAAAGAGCAAUGGCUGGUCAGUAACGUGACUUAUAAACUGAUCACAAAUGGAACCAAAGGAAUGUACCAGGAGCAAAAACAAACGCGGUGGAAUGGUAUAGAAACGCUUCAUAGCAUUCUCCAUCUACCAUCAGGAACCGAAGACCAAGAAGGAUUCUACACCUGUAAGGCAAAGAGUAAUAUUACAGGCUGGUCUAGUAGUGCAUCAUAUACCAUACAGAUGAUCUACGAAUGUAAGUAAUUUUCCGACUGCGAUAAGAAUAGCCUCUCUUCUUUUAAAGCUGCUCAAUAGACACUGAAAGUUCCCUUUAAAAUUUUUCCUGAAACCCAGCCAAAAUUAUUUCCGUAUAUGACUAACCAAGAAGUAUUUAUUUUUAUUUAGGUCCAUUGCCACAAUCUCCGACUGUUUCUUCCUCACAAAUCUCGGCAAGCAAAUUCUCGAAUACCAGCCUAACAUGUUUAGUUGAUACCGAUGAGAGUGGCUGCCCAGAGGAGCUUUACUGGUUUAAAAACAACGACCAAACAUCCUUGGCGAGCGGUGGAAAGUACAACAUAGCAUUGAAAAACACUCACACCAAAUGCCAACAGGAAUUCAUUCUGACAAUUUUUAACGCAACCAAGAAUGAUGAUGAAGGAAGGUACAGUUGCCACUGGAUGUGCGAGUAUGAAGACACGAAGAAAGCUUUCAUUGACCUCAAAGUAUCUGCUUGA